CAUCAAAAUAAAAUAAAUUAAAAAACCUGGCAUGCCGAUUAAUCGCCAACCAAGGAAUGUUCCUGGAUGCCCACAUCACCAAUCGUCAAAUUCUCACUAUAUAAUAAUCCUCAACGCCUCUCCAUCUUCAUCAUCCCCCAUUCCUGUACUCCUCUCUCUCUCUCUCCCUCCUUUCCUCCCUUCCCAAGCGCACGCAGAGACACAGCAAUGGCGGCAGUGACCAACGUACCUUCAAUGCUUGACUCCACCUUUGACGCCGACAAGCUCACUUUCGAAAUUUUCUCCAUCCUCGAAAACCAAUUCCUCUUCGGAGGGGAAUAUGACAAUCCCAAGCUCUCUGUCCCUCAAACUACACAUCAAAUUUCUUCUAAAUAUGUCACUGAUAGUAAAGUUAGAAUUCUCUCCAUCGAUGGUGGCGGCACUGCCAGUGGCAUUCUCGCAGCCAAGUCCCUCGUCCACCUUGAGUCUUGCCUCCGCGCCAAAUCUGGCAAUUCCAACGCAUCUAUUGCUGAUUACUUUGAUGUUGUUGCUGGCUCCGGUGCCGGAGGAAUCUUAGCUGCUCUUCUUUUCACCCGAGGAAAAGAUCAUGCCCGUCCCUUGUUCACCGCCGAUGAAGCUCUUCGUUUUAUGAUUGAGAAUCGUCGGAAGUUUAACCAGUCAACUUCCUCUCGAGGGAUUCUCCGGCGGAUUUUCCGUCCGGGGAAGGUGGAGAAGCUCUUACGCUCCACUUUUGGGGAAUGCACCUUGAAGGACACGAUUAAGUCGGUUUUGAUUCCCUGCUAUGAUCUCUCCACCCGUGCACCUUUCGUUUUCUCCCGCGCGGACGCUUUGGAAAUGGACGGUUAUGAUUUCAAGAUGAGCGAUGUGUGUCUCGCCACGUCAGCUGAUCCGACGGUCAAUGGAGCCGUCGAAAUGAGGUCUGUGGACAAGAAGACGAAAAUCGUGGCAGUCGACGGUGGAAUCGCGAUGAACAAUCCAACGGCUGCUGCUAUUACGCACGUGUUGAAUAAUAAGCAGGAGUUUCCUUUAUGCAAAGGAGUAGAGGAUCUGCUUGUGGUUUCUCUCGGCGGCGGAGAGUCAGAUUUUGGGAUUGAAAAUCUGAACUCUGCAGCAGCGCCAUUCGCAAGGGUCGCCGGAGAAGGAGCUUCCGAUAUGGUUGAUCAAGCUGUAUCAAUGGCGUUUGGUCAGUGUCGGACAAGCAAUUAUGUACGCAUUCAGGGAAAUGGCAUCAUGGCAAAGAAGCAAGAUGAUAUAAUGGAAAAAACAAAAAAAUCUCAGCAGAAGAAAGCAGACAUAUUGAGCAAGGCAGAAGAGAUGUUGGAACAGAAAAAUGUAGAAUCAGUAUUGUUUCAAGGGAGAAAGAUAGUAGAAAGCACAAAUCUGGAGAAGCUCCAGUCAUUUGCUGGAGAGCUUAUAAAGGAGCAAGAGAAGAGAAAAACAAGCAUUCUACCAACUGUGGUUUUAAAACAGCACCCUUCAUCAUCUCCAAGAACAUCAUCUGCUACCACUCUCUCUACUUCCUCUUCCUGUUAAUUAAUUAAUUAAUUAAUUAGUAUAUCAUAUUUAAAAGAAUCGACGUCGUUUUAAGUUUGCAAUUUACCGGUAGAGAACAGAUUUCAUGCUUUCGCUGUCACUCGUGAUGAUGAUUGAAGGCAUCCGAGACAGGGUCAAGCUGCUUGCUGAGUGCUUCUGAUUUUUUUUUUUUUUGGUUUUUUUCAUCUGCACUGAUAUAUAUAUGAAAACAUAUAUAAAUUAGUUAUAUGUAUAUUUGUAAUUUAAUGUUGUUUGAGUAAAUCUAAUGAAAUAUGAAAAUAUUUUUCUUUAUAAUUUUC